CCUUCCCAGCUCAGAAGACUGUGCUUAACCGUAUUACUACUCUAUGCAGAGACUUUCUGUGGGGCAGCAAGUUUGCUAAAGUGGCAUGGGCUGACAUUUGUAAACCCAGAAAUGAAGGGGGUCUGGGCUUGAGGGAUGCUGAAACCUGGAAUAAUGCUCUUCUGUGUAAAGCCUUAUGGAACAUUGCUGCGAAAAUGGGAUUCACUUUGGGUGAUUUGGGUUCACACUGUUUAUCUGCGCAAUGAAUGUGUGUGGGUGUGGCAGCCCAGGAAGAGACACUCUGUCUUCUUUAAAAGGCUUGCCUAUGUGCGAGAGCUUUUGGUACAAAAGCUUGGUGACCAUAACUCCUCCUUGGAAGUGGCUAUGCAACAGUUUUGUAUUGGCGAUAAUCUCUGUCCGAGUAAGGUUUAUGAUUUUCUUAGGGACAAGUCCAAUCCCAAGCCUGGGAUGGCUUUCAUAUGGCAUUCUCUAAUUCCUCCUAAGUGCUCCUUUACGAUGUGGCUGGCGCUUAGGGAGAGACUUCCUACCAAGACCAAUUUGGAAUUCCUUGGUCUUCCUAUGGAGUGUGAGCUUUGUGGAGAUGGAGUCGAGGACAUUAGCCACCUCUUCUUUGGAUGCUGUGUGUCAAAGCAAAUCUGGGGAGCCAUUAGGCAUUGGCUACGGAUUGAUGCCCAACUGACAGCCUUGGACAGAGCCAUCAGGUGGUUGAGGACGGCUAGACGAGGAGAUCCUAUCCUGAAGAAGGCACGGAGGAUAGGGUUGGCAUGCACCGUAUUCCUCAUCUGGAAACAGCGUAAUGCCUUCCAUUUUGAGCGCAAGCCUCUUAAUAUUGAUGGCCCUCACAGUUCUUCAAGCUCUUUCCAGCUGAACAGAUCAGGCAAUUCUUCACGUUCUUUCUUCUCCUCCUUCCUAUAUACCAAAGCGAUCUUCACCUCUUCCCAUCGCCCAACGACGGCUCCGCCGCUCAUCGCCGCCGCAGUGACAAUGGCGAAGCAACCCUUCUUCUUCUUCUUCACUCUCUUCUCCGUCCUCUCCAUCGCCGCCGCCGAGAUCAAAACCCCCAGGAUCACUUCGGACUCUCGGGCGAUGAUUCUGUUCGAGCGGUUCGGGUUUACCCAUACGGGUCACGCCGCCAUCACCGUCUCGUCGGUUUCCGUCGUAUCCACCCUCUCCGCGCCCGACCCGUCUCGGCUAGGGUUCUUCCUUCUCUCCCAGGAGUCCCUGAUCCAGGUCCUUCUGGAGCUCCAGCAAAAUCCCUCGUUUUGCGUGCUCGAUUCCAAGUAUAUAAAUCUGCUCUUCACUUUCCGAGACCUAUCGCCGCCGCCUAACUCCUCUUACAGCCACUCCUACCCCAUCACCUUCCCCAAUGAGUACUCCCUUUUCUUCGCUAACUGUGUCCCCGAAUCCAAGGUCUCCAUGGACGUACGCACCGAGCUUUACAACCUCGAUGAUCAGGGCCGGGUCAAGGAUUACCUCUCCGCGGGCCUCACCCAGAUCCCUACUCUUUACUUCCUAUUCUCUGUAAUCUAUUUCGGAUUUCUGGGUUUCUGGGUUUACAUCUGCUGCACCAACAAGAACUCCGUCCACCGGAUCCAUCUCCUGAUGGCAGGGUUGCUGGUGAUGAAGGCUUUGAAUCUGAUCUGCGCCGCGGAGGACAAACACUACGUGAAGGUGAGCGGGACAGCUCACGGCUGGGAUGUGUUGUUCUACAUUUUCCAGUUCAUCCGCGUGGUUCUCCUCUUCACUGUUAUCAUCUUGAUCGGCACUGGAUGGUCGUUUUUGAAGCCGUUCUUGCAGGAGAGGGAGAAGAAGCUGUUGAUGACUGUGAUCCCUCUUCAGAUACUGGCUAAUGUGGCCUCUGUAGUGAUUGGAGAAACUGGACCCUUCAUUAAGGACUGGGUCACAUGGAAUCAGGUGUUUCUGAUAGUCGAUAUCAUCUGCUGCUGUGCAAUCAUCUUUCCUAUCGUGUGGUCGAUUCGGUCUUUGAGGGAAACAUCAAAGACCGACGGGAAGGCGGCGAGGAACUUGGCAAAACUGACCCUUUUCAGGCAGUUCUACAUUGUGGUGAUUGGGUACCUCUAUUUCACAAGGAUUGUGGUUUUCGCCCUGAGGACCAUUGCUGCUUAUAAAUACCAGUGGGUGUCAAGUGCUGCAGAGGAGAUUGCAAAUCUUGCUUUCUACAUGACAAUGUUUUACAUGUUUAUGCCUGUGGAGAAGAAUCAGUACUUUGUUCUUGACGAAGAAGAUGAAGAGGCUGCAGAGAUGGCUCUUCGCGACGAGGAAUUCGAGCUCUGAAACAAACGGAAUGGAUGGAUCCCAUUUUGCACCUAUCUGGCUCUCAACCUUUUCACUGUGAGUUUCUCUGUGAAGGUGGUGUCUAGAUUUCCUGGGUUGAAUUCCAUUUCUUGCUUUGUUCGCUUUUACCAUCUUUUUUUUGCCCUCUUAUUAUGGUAUUUUCGUUUUUUCUGAAUGUGAAACUGUGAAGUUCAGGAACUAUACUUGGAGUUUUCUAAACAAUGGCAUUUUUAUGUAAUUGAAUUGGAUAUGGAAAGCCUUAACUUUAUGAAAUGCAGUGCACGCUGUCUUGACUCAUCAUUUGUAGGUU